CUCUCAACAAUCUUGUCCAUCUGCAGCAACUUGAAACAUUGAGUCUUACAUAUCGUUUUGGAGGAUUUUGGCCAGCAAGUGCAAAAGCUUUUCCAGCAACGCUCAAGAAGCUGAAGUUAGAAAGUACUUAUCUAAGUUGGUCGUACUUGGACAUCAUAGCUGAAUUGCCUAACCUUGAGGUGCUGAAGCUGAUGUAUGGUGCUUGUGAUGGCGAAGAAUGGCGUCCAACGGUUAUGGGAUUUAAUCGAUUGAAGCUUUUGUUAAUUGAACGUAAUGAUCUCAAGUACUGGAAAUCCACAGAUGACAAUUUUCCUGUCCUUGAGCGCCUUGUGCUUAGAUGUUGCUAUUAUUUAGAUAAGAUACCCAUUAAGUUUGCAGAAAUCCACACACUACAACUGAUUGAGUUAAGAAACUGUCCUCCCAAACUUGGGGAUUCUGCUGCAAGAAUUCAACAAGAACAAGAAGAGCUCGGAAACAACCCCGUGGAUGUUCGUAUCUCCAAUCCAUUCGAGAAGAUAGAUUCAGAAGAAUAUUUUUGGUGUACGGAUUGAACUCUUGGGAUUUCAUUUCGGUUCCUUUGUCGCAAAUUACCACUAAAUUAGCGGUUUCAAGCAAUGUGUGGCUUCCAAGGAGAUGUGAUAGCUUUUGUAUUGUAACAUAUUUUUGAGUUGAUAGAAUUAUUAGUAAUAUUACUCAGUUGGGCAUUACUAAAUUUUUUAGUUCAUGAGCUCACAGUGUAAAUACGAUUGCACACUCAUUUUAGUUAGUAACGUUAUUUAUUAAAUGAAUGGAAAUGUGCAUUUAUAUGGU